AUGGCUUCGCAUGAGUCUGUACCACCUCCUAAUGAGAAGCGGCCCUCGGCCGAAGUCCAGGUCUACUCAGACCAAGACAGCGGUGACGACUUUGACGUCGACACCUAUGUAGCUGCUGAUGGUUCACUCAGAACCAGGCACACCCGUCCCUUGGAAAUAAAGGAAGGGGCAAUGAUCAAGCUGGUCCAAGUGGAAGAAGAAUAUGUAUUUUCUUCUUACAUCUUUGAAUGUUGCAUAUGUUAUAAGUACUCCAAGGCGGGUGAACAUGAGAAUGAAACCUUGGAGAACGCUCGGGAAAGAUCGAAGUGGGACAACGACGAUUUCAUAUGUCGUGGUCACAUUUUGAAUGGGAUGGAGGAUGAUCUUUUUGACGUCUACCAAAAUGUAGAAUCGGCCAAGGAGCUUUGGGAGUCCUUGGAGAGCAAGUACAUGGCGGAAGACGCUUCAAGUAAGAAAUUUUUAGUUAGCAAUUUUAAUAACUUUAAAUUUGUUGAUGGUCGGUCCAUAAUGGAUCAAUUUCAUGAAUUGCGACGUAUCUAUGGUAGCUUGGAACAACAUGGAAUAGCCAUGAAUGACUUGUUUGUUGUUUCUAGCAUUAUAGACAAGUUACUUCCUAGUUGGAAGAAUGUUAAGCAUGAUUUGAAACAUAAGAAGGAGGACAUGACAUUGUCCAGUUUGGCCACCCAUCUUCAAAUUGAAGAAGGGAUUUGUGCCAUGGAAGGUGCAAAGGAUGGAAAUCCUAGCACAUCUACCGUUAACAUGGUAGAUGAAGGAAAAGCUAGUGCAUCUACUAGUGGAAAGAGAAAGAAUGAUAAUUCUUUCAAGAAUAAGUCCAAAAAGAAAAUGACAGGUAAAAAGUUUACUUGUUAG